ACUGCUUAGCCCUGUUUGUGAAUAAGAAGCUGCUGUUACUAUGUAUUGCGGGUAUACAAACCAGGAAGUAUAUGAUACUGUAGUCACUUUGACGGGAAUAUCGAACAGACUUUUGAUAUUUGAGGAAUAAUGCAUUAUGUCAAUUGAACGAUAUUGGACGUGAAACAUUUGACAUAUUUGGAUUAGAUGUUUAUGGAGUGUUUGUCGGACGUCAGCGGGUACUCAUCAUGGCGAUAGGAGGGUACUUGGGAAUAUGCCUCUGUCUAGCUGUCAUAGCAGUAUCAAAGGGUGCGAACCUUGACUGUGACUUUGAGACCAACUUCUGUCAAUGGACACAUGGAUCAUCUGUAAGGCAAUGGAAGAGAUACUCCUUUGCCACUUUAACACAGGGUACAGGGCCAGACACUGGUCACACCACACCAGGAAGAGAGGAUUACUACAUUUAUCUAUAUGCGGGGGAGAGAACAACUCGAGACGGCUUAGUUGAAAGUGGAAAUUGCGUCCUGUUGAGUCCGGCUUUUAACACGACUUCUGGUGGAGGCUGUUUCCGGUUCUGGUACCACAUGAAAGGAGAUGGGGUCGGUAACCUCUCUGCAGCAGUGGUAGAAGGUUCAUCAUCUGUUAGUAAAUGGUUCAAGACAGGACAACAGGGAGCGGAUUGGAAAUGUGCUCAUUUUACCCUUGAACAAGGAAAAGAAGAUCUCCAGAUCGAGAUGACAGCAUGGACGGGUGUUAACCCAGUUGGGGACAUCGCACUGGACGAUUUCAAAUUCUUUGAGAGCAACUGUAACGGAAUAACUGAUGUAUGCGGCAACAUCACAGCAACGCCGUUUUCUACGCCACCAACGCCGUUUUCUACGCCACCAACACAGUCAUCCACACCAGACGAGCAAUCGUCUAACUCUUCCACAGAAGGUGUCGUGACCACAGCGCCAGCGGAAGACGAUAUCACGAUGACGAUUGUGUAUAUCUCAAUAGCACCUGUCGCCUUGCUCAUUAUCGUGUCUGUUGUGGCAUUCGUUCGCUACAAAUGUGCAAAGUCGAAACCCAUUGAGAACAACAAUUUCAUCUGGCCAAACCACAACAACAACCCCACUGAACCAGAUAUUGAUGACUAUGAUAACCUGCAAGACGAGGUGUACGCUGAGUUGGAUGAAUCAAAGAUGGACAAAGAUGGACGCGUCAUCUCAAGCAGUACCAAUGAGGGCCAUACACCACAAUUAUCCUCCACUACAGGAAACCCCUACGAACAAAUGCAUCGGCGACAUCCAGCGUCUUCUAGCCGGACUGAGAUGAGCACAGGUAUCACUGGACCUUAUAUGACGAUGCAAACAAGAGACGAGGAUGAUUUACCAGGAGAUGAUGACUACCUAGUUAGUAUCCCCGGUCCUAAUGAGUUACAAACAGGAAGUGGUGGAAGGGAUGAAGAGGACGUAGCAAAGGCUCCUGGGAAAGAAGAAGAUUCUUCAGAAGCAUCUUACCAUAAUGGCCAUGGUGAUCUCGCUGAAGAUGGGAAGAAAUUGCCCCCUGUUCAAUGUGGGCGAACGGCGUCAUAUAUCUCGCCUGUGUUUGAAAAUAUUUGAAAGCUUGUCGAACAUUACUAAGACAGUAUUUCAGUUAUAUAACGGCGUGUCAGUCUAGUGAGGGAUGAAAGAUCAAAGGUACGAAGAUGAGGUUCGCCGUUUAAGUGAACUAUAAGGGUAUAGUUGCUCUCGGACCAUGAAAAAUAGCAGGACGAACUCGGAACCCGAAUGCACAACCAACGGAUCCUGAUAGGACAAAGGGACGAAACCUGAAACAAUAAAUUGAGACAACGUGGACACUGGUCCGCCGUUAUGAUAAAUGAAAUGAACACUUAUGAUAGCAUACUAUUAUUGAAUGAAACAUAUUCUAAAUGUUACUUUUUAAUGAAAGAAUGCAAAUAGGCUAUACCUGCACGUCAGAGGACAUCCAGGAUGUAAAACCUGAAGGCAAAUUAUAUUUUUCAGAGUUUUCGGGAAACAUUUAUUUCAAGAUAAUCACACGCCCCACCCUCAGAAUAUCAAAUGAUCUGCCCCUUCGCAAGAAUUCAGACACUGUACGAAUGUGUUCGGUUAUGUCCUUUAUGUUUUAUUUUUGUUAGUUUAAAUCUUCUCUGCUGAAUAGAAAAUCCCUGAGGAUUUGACCAGUACGCAGGAGCAAACACAUAUCUACUUGGCUGCGCCCUCGAGCAUAAAUGAACCAUAACUUAAGAUACAUAUUUUAUAUACACAAUAAUAGAAAUGUUGCGGGGUUUUUUAUCUAUUAGAAUGAUAAUGUUACACGUGGUCAUCUUUUUUAUUUGACUAAUUUUAAAGAUAGUGUCAAAUCGAUUGAAUUGUGAAAUUAGCACUUAAACAUUAUAGACGAAACACGUUAAAUAGACCCAUAUAUGAUAUAUUAGUGACUUAAUGUUGAGUGGGACCAAACUUAGAUUUGACGUUGCUAUCGAUCACGUACUCUGAGGUUGCUGAGGUCACUUUUACUUCAGGUUCCGUAUCAUAUUAGAAGGUAUUUUAGAAAGUACUGAUUUCUUUAUUUGUAUACAUAUUUUAAGGACUAGCUUCAUAACACCAUACCUUUAUUACAAUCUCUGUUGAUAUGCUGGUUACUUACCUCUGGCAAGGACGUGUUUCAUAUAAUUACUGUGUUCAUCAUAUACUACAUGGCAAGCAAUAAAUAUCAUCAGUGGUCCGAGAUCUGGGGUAGAAUAGGUCUUCAGCAACCCAUGCUUACCGUAAAAGGCGACUAUGCUUGUCGUAAGAGGCGGUUAACGGGAUCGGGUGGUCAGGCUCACUGUCUUGGUUGACGCAUGUCAUCGU